AUGUUAAUAAAAAUUUUCGCAGUAGCAACAUUAACCGCGAUAUGUACUGGUGAUGUUAUGAUAAACAAUCAUGAACCCCACAGUUCAUUGAAGCAUGCUGUAUCCUCACAAAGCUACAUUCGCCAUGACGUGCCAUUAUCGUAUAAACAUAGUGCAGUUCAUAUCUAUUCAACAGAAAAACCCCAUAAUAUACUGCAAGACCCAGUGACACCCGGGUAUCAAUUAUCAAGGGUAAAUUACCAACCUCAAGUUAUACAAUAUGCCCCUGUAAUACGUGAAGAAAGCAAAGAACAAACAACCAAAGUUGAAGAAAACACAACUCCCGCUCAAAAGAGCAACUUGGAACCGAAACCACAGAGUAAACCAGAUCAAUUACAAUUUGUGCCUGGAUAUAAUAUAGAAAUUAUGCAAUCUGUAAACAGAUACCCGGGCCAUAAUGCGGUUUAUAGAAGUUAUCCCCACAUGAAACCUUACGAAAAACUUAACAGGGCAUACCCUAAAUAUGAGUACACAUACUCCGUAGCUGACGGGCACACCGGUGACCAAAAGUCUCAGCAAGAAUCCCGCGACGGUGAUGUGGUGAAAGGUUCGUACUCCUUCCAUGAAGCUGAUGGCUCCAUCCGUACCGUUGAGUACACCGCCGAUGACCACAACGGUUUCAACGCAGUCGUCCACAACACCGCCCCCACCGCUGCUCCUGCCAUCAUCAAGGCCGCCCCUGUGGUGCUCAAGGCUCCCGCUCUCCAAUACUACCACCACUAG